CCGCCCUAUCACCACAACAGCCGCCCAUAAAAAAAGGCACCAGCACUAUUUCCUCCUCUCUCUCCGAAUAAAAUCCUUGCUCCAGAGCCACAGGGAAAGCCAAGAGAAAGCUAGGAGAGAAAGAGACGAGAGAACCAGAGAUGAAGGGAUCUCUCUCGGCUGUGCUAUGCCUACCGCUACUCCUCGGCUUAGCUCUCUCUUCCAAUGCCGCCACGGUGGGAGAGACAUGCGGGGCGAAUGGGGACUGUGGCACCGGGCUGCAUUGCGGCAGCUGCGGGAGUGGGCAGUCUAUAUGCAUGCGCGUGAAGCCCAUCGAUCCCGAAUCCCAGGACAAGGGGCUUCCGUUCAACAGGUACUCGUGGCUGACGACGCAUAACUCAUACGCGAUCGCGGGGUCCCAGUCCGCCACCGGCUCCAUCCUCGUUUCCCCCACCAACCAGCAGGACUCCGUCACCUCCCAGCUCAACAAUGGUGUGAGGGGUUUGAUGCUUGACAUGUAUGACUUCGAGAAUGGCAUCUGGCUUUGCCACUCGUUUGGCGGCAAGUGUUACAACUUUACUGCUUUUCAACCUGCAAUCAACGUGCUCAAAGAAAUCGAUACAUUCCUAGAAGCAAACCCUUCAGAGGUCAUCACUAUAUUCAUUGAGGACUAUGUAACAUCCCCUCAGGGCCUCACCAAGGUAUUCAAUGCGUCUGGGCUCAUGAAGUAUUGGUUCCCAUUGUCCCAUAUGCCUAACAAUGGCAGCGACUGGCCUUUGCUAAGUGAUAUGAUCAGACAAAAUCAGCGUCUUUUGGUUUUCACAUCUAAGAAAUCCAAGGAGGCUUCUGAGGGGAUUGCUUAUGAGUGGAAUUAUGUGGUAGAAAAUCAAUAUGGUGAUGAGGGAAUGAAAGCAGGUUCAUGCCCUAACCGUGCAGAAUCAUCCCCCAUGAAUACGACUUCUAAAUCACUUGUUCUGAUGAAUUAUUUCCCGACAAAUCCAAACCAAACUGAAGCUUGCUCAGAUAAUUCAGCACCUCUUGUUAGCAUGCUUAAAACUUGCCAUAAGUUGUCCGAUAACCGAUGGCCCAACUUUAUAGCUGUCGACUUCUACAUGCUUAGUGAUGGAGGCGGAGCACCAGAAGCUACAGACAUUGCAAAUGGGCACCUCGUUUGUGGUUGUGACAACAUUGCCUAUUGCAAGGCUAAUGCCACCUUUGGCACUUGCAAAGUGCCCCCACCACCACCACCAAAAGCUCCAACCUCAAGUGUAAACCGUGACAAAACAUCGGAUGCUUCUUUAAUUGGAAGAUUCUCUCUCUGGGGUUGGCUAUUUAAGAUGUUAUCAGUAGCCAUGGUCCUCCUAUUAUAAUUUCCUUUGUUUUAAGUAGCCUGUAGUUGCUGAGGUGCUCCUUGCUGUUGUAUGAGUUGGUAGAUUAUUUUUCAUGAUAUUGUUUGAUUCAUACACUUCAAUACCUUCGCAAGUGUGCCAAUUCUUUAUAAAAGUUUUGUUGGGAUGAAAAAAAA